AUGGGCUUCCGAUGCUGUUCGUGGAUAAUUCUCUGGUUCGUCGCCAACACCACCUACUACCACGUCUUUUUCCGCCAAUUUCCCGAGGAAAACAUUCGUGUGGGCGUUCCGGCGCUCGCAAUUCUGCUCAACGUCCCGCCGACGCUUCUGAUGCUCGCCAACACGACGUGGUCGAUCAAAAAAGCGAAAAAUUUCGGAUUCUAUUACACGUUUCUCAUGUUUUUCGUAUUUCUACUCGUCGCACUGCUCACGUUUGCUCGGAUUCCGAUUUCGGACGGAAUGUCGAGGCGAACACAUUUUUUGGCGUUCGUAAAAGCGCUCGAAACGUUUCUAGUCUACGGAGGAAUCAUUUUUUGUGAGUUUAUGUUUAGGAUUACUGUCUGGAUCCUUGACGGUCACUGGUCCAUGACCGGAUGAUCCAAUCGGGUCGAAACUUGGUCCCUAUUUACUUCAAUCCAUGUCCAAGAAGUCUGCCAAGUUUAGACCCAAUCGGAUCAUUGCAAGCGGGUCGAAUGUCCAUUCAAAUUUUUCAGUGGAGCUCUUCCGUUGCCAAAUAAUCUCCGCCCAAUAUCAUUCGAUCAUCGUCAAGGAGAUUCGGAAUGAGGAUCACGAAGAGGGCGCCGCGCACGAUUGGAUUUGA